CGAAAAAAGAGCAAAGAAAGAGAAUCGGAAGGGUUUUUGAGGAGUGUUAGAAGACAAGAAGAAUCAAAAGCAAGAACCCUAACACAUCAAUUCCGCUCUGUCACUCUCGUCCUUCCAGGUACCGUCCUCACUCCUCCCUCCCUGCUUGCUUCUCCAGUGACGUCAUCACCAGCCUCCCAGAACUCAUCUCGCUCUUCGCUUCUCUUCCCCAUUCCUCCUUUGCCCGCCCAGAGAGGCAUGCUGCGUGACACGGCUGGUGUCAUGAUAGAAGAGCAGUUUGCAAUUUUUUUAAACAUUGUGGGUCACAAUGAGCGCAAUAGAGUUAUACAAGAACGCUUCCAGCAUUCUGGGGAAACCAUAAGCAGGCAUUUCAAUAAUGUUUUGAAGGCAAUUAAGUCGCUAUCGCGUGAAUUUCUUGAACCACCUCCUCUCACUACCCCUCCAGAGAUCCUCAGAAGUAAUAGAUUCUACCCAUACUUCAAGGAUUGCAUUGGGGUUAUUGAUGCCAUGCAUAUACCUGCCCAUGUACCGGCUAAAGAUCAAUCACGAUUUCGCAAUAAAAAGGGGGUGUUGACACAGAAUGUUUUGGCAGCAUGUACUUUGGAUCUUCAGUUUAUAUUCAUCUAUCCUGGUUGGGAAGGGUCUGUUGCGGAUUCACGUAUAUUGAAAGCUGUUCUUGAUGAUCCGGAUCAGAACUUUCCUCAAAUUCCGGAAGGAAAAUACUAUCUUGUUGAUACUGGCUAUUUGAAUAUGGAGGGCUUUAUUGCUCCAUUUGAAGGCGUCCGCUAUCACCUUCACGAAUAUAGAGGUGCUCACCAAUUACCAAGAAAUGCAAAGGAAUUGUUUAAUCAUCGCCACUCAUCUUUAAGCAAUGCUAUGUGGAAGUCCUUUAAUGUGCUAAAAGAACGAUUUCCAAUCCUUAAACUUGCUCCCCAAUAUGGUUUCCACACCCAAAGGGAUAUUGUCAUAGCUGCCUGUGUUUUACACAAUCACAUCCGGCGUGAGGAAAAGAAUGACUGGUUAUUUGAGAGUGUUGGUGCAAGAGUUGAAGAGCUGCGUGAUUUUGAUGAUCAACCAGAUCCACAGUUGGCUUUCCAGAUACAAGAUCAGAUGGCAGCCUCUUUAAGAGACUCAAUUACCACAGCAAUGUGGAAUGAUUUUUACAAUGAUUGGGAGGAAUGGUAACUCAUGUUUUAGGAUGUCAUUUUGUGCCAAGGCCUGUUGUCUUGCCUACCUUUUUUGGGGCACCUGGACAGCCGAAUGCUAUACUUUGCACUUGGACUAGCUUCUAAACCCUGCUUUAUUAGGUUAACAGUUCUGUUCAAUGGGAAAGGACGGGUGGUAACUUUGCCUUCUCUGUAGCUGCUACUAUGAUGUGAGUAACGUAUCUAGGAGCCAAUGGGGCACUAUUUUGAUGUGCUUAUGUGGAUAUUUCAAUGGACUAGCCUAGGAGAUAAUUAACCCCCUCUUGUUUUGCUUGGUUCUUUUGUACAGGCUAGAUUGAAUAGAAGUCCAGUGAAACUCUCCCCCUGGAUCCUAAAAUUGUCUUUGUUGCGGUAGCAGGAUGUCUAAUUGCACUUGAUGUUUUCUGUAUGAAUUUAAACUUAUUUUCCCAGAUUAUCUGGAGCUCUAAUUGCCUCAUAGGAAACCUUUUUGUGAAACUACAA